ACAAAUAAAAGUAGGAAGAUAAAUUACAAGACGACAUGAAAUACUAUAAAGAGAAGAUGGGGAAAUAAUGUACAAACCCUUGUGCUCUUCUGCUUCCCCAUUGAGGGAAAAUCGCAUUAACCUUUCACUAACCACCCCUCGCUUCAAACGUGUCCUCUACUUUUGGAAAGAAAGCAUACAACUCAUAUACAUCUCUCUGUCUCUAUAUAUACAUAUACAUAUAUGAUAGUAUAUCACCGAGAGAGAAAGAGAGAGAAUGGCUGCAGUAGAAGCGGAAGCGGCGGUGCGGGAGCUGAGAGACACCUACGCCGCCGGAAAGACUAAGAGUUUCGAGUGGCGGAUUUCGCAGUUGAAAGCAAUACAGCAGAUUCUCACUCUUCACAGCGAGGAAAUAAUCGGAGCUUUACGCUCCGAUCUCAAAAAACCAGAAUUUGAAGCAGUUAUUCAUGAGAUUUCUGUAGUAUCAGCAUCGUGCAAAUUAGCGUUGAAGGAACUGCAUCGAUGGAUGAAACCGCAAAAGGUGAAAACCACAUUAAUCACUUUUCCCUCAUCAGCCAAAAUCGUGUCAGAACCUUUCGGCGUAGUGUUAGUUAUAUCUGCUUGGAACUUUCCAUUUGCGCUGUCAGUUGAUCCGGUGAUCGGAGCAAUCGCUGCUGGUAAUGCUGUGGUGUUGAAGCCAUCGGAGAACGCCCCCGCGACGUCAUCGCUGCUUGCAAAGCUUGUGGGCAAGUACAUGGACGCAUCGGCCGUCAAAGUGGUGGAGGGGGCAGUUCCCCAAACCACUGCAUUGCUAGACCAGAAAUGGGAUAAGAUAUUGUACACAGGAGGUAGCGCGGUGGGGCGUAUCGUGCUAACUGCUGCGGCGAAGCAUCUUACGCCUGUGAUUUUGGAGCUUGGCGGGAAAUGUCCGGCCGUCGUUGAUUCCAAAAUCAAUUUAAAGGUGGCGGCGAGAAGAAUAAUUGCAGGGAAAUGGGGCUGCAACAAUGGGCAAGCCUGCAUUUCCCCCGACUACCUAAUCACUACAAAAGACUUCGUUUCGGAAGUGGUAAACAUUCUGUCGGCGGAGCUGGAGAAAUUCUUUGGAGAAGAACCUCUGCAGUCCAAGGAAUUGUCGAGCAUCGUCAACAGCCACCAUUUUAACCGCUUGGUGAAAUUAUUAGACGACGAUGAGGUUUCCGGUAAGAUCGUUUGUGGAGGCGAACGCGAUAAAUCCAAUCUCAAGAUUGCUCCGACGAUUAUAUUGGGCGCCUCCAAAGAUUCUCUUGUCAUGAAGGAAGAAAUUUUCGGUCCUAUACUUCCCAUAAUUACGGUUGAUAAGAUUGAGGAGUGUUUUGGCGUGAUCAAUGCUAUGGAGAAGCCACUGGCUGCAUAUCUCUUUACAAAUGACAAAAAGUUGGAGGAGAAAUUCGUUAGAAGCGUAUCAGCAGGUGGUAUGAUCAUCAAUGACACUAUUCUACACUUUUUGGAGGCGGGUAUACCGUUCGGAGGCAUAGGCGAAAGUGGCAUGGGAGCGUACCAUGGGAAGUUCUCAUUUGAUGCUUUCAGCCACAAGAAGCCUCUCUUAAAACGGAGUUUUGCCAUUGAUAUAUCAGCAAGAUAUCCUCCCUACACUCCAGGAAAACGCCGUUUUCUGCGCGCAGUUGUUCAAGGCACUUUAUUUGACAUUCUUCGAUCAUUGGCCACUUGUUGGUAAAAUUCAAAUUCUCCACAUUUACCUAUGCCUAAGAAUCACUACCUAAAUUAUUCAACUACGUGUAUUUAUUUGUGGAUUACCUUGUCCUUAUUUUUUGUGAUUCUGUAGAAUUACUGAUCACUAUAUAUUUCGUGAUUCAUUAGUGGGACACAAUUCCACCAGAACUUCUCGUCGCGUAUGUACCUAAGACGUACAUAAGAAUUACUCCAUAAAUAUUUGUUUCAAGGAUUAA